AUGGGUCGCAAAAAGAAGAAGCAACUGAAGCCAUGGUGCUGGUAUUGUAACCGAGAAUUUGAUGAUGAAAAGAUCCUUAUACAACACCAAAAAGCAAAACAUUUCAAGUGUCACAUAUGUCACAAGAAGCUCUACACAGGACCUGGAUUAUCUAUCCAUUGCAUGCAAGUCCACAAGGAAAAAGUUGAUAAAGUUCCAAAUGCAUUGCCUGGUCGCAAUAAUAUAGAAAUAGAAAUUUAUGGCAUGGAAGGAAUUCCUGAAGAAGAUCUGAAGGAACAUGAAAAACACAAACUUGGCAAAGGUGAUAACAGACAGCCUCAAGCUGACAGUGAUGAGGACAGCAAUAGUUGUCCUCCAAACAGUAGUUAUUUUAAUGGUGGGCAGAUGCCUGCCACCAGUAUGCCUCCGUAUGUCCCUCCUGGAGCUCCAAAUAUGCCUCCUCUACCUCCGGGACCAGGACCUGUAGCUGCAGGACCAAUGGGACCCAUAGGACCUAUUGGGCCAAUGGGUCCAAUGCCACCUGUUGGACCAAUGGGACCUAUUGGAAUGCAUCCUAACAAUGGUCCUGGAAUGCCAGCAAUGGCUGUGCCUCCCCGUGGGAUGAUGGCAGCUCAGGUAUCCAGACCCCCAGUGUCUUCUUCACAGUCAGUCACCUCAACACAGAAUACCCCAGCAAAGCCUCUAUUCCCCGCUGCUGCUGCUGCUGCUGCUCAGACCCAAACCAGUAGUUCUCGACCAGUUGGCCCAGACUUCAAACCAACAACAGCCUCAGCCCAGGGCCUGGUGCCAGUGAAACCGACGUUCCCUUCUGCAGCUGCUGUUUCGACAUCAAUAUCACCUAGUGCAACCAUCUCUGGAGCACCAAUCAUCCGCAAACCUGAAUCUGCUUCAGGCUUAGCUUCCAAAUUGAUGCAUCCAGAUGAAGACAUCUCUUUGGAGGAGCGGCGGGCCAAUCUCCCAAAAUACAAGAAACUAUCUACCCAAGGGACACGCCCAAUGCAGGGGAUGAUGGGGUCUGGGAUGUUACCAGGUGCAAUGCUUGCCAGGAUGCCCGGCAGUGUACCAGCAUCAAUGAACAUGCGGGCGCCUUACAACCACUAUCCUCGGGGAGGAGCCAUCCAUUUUUCUUUCUUCAUUUUGUUCAAGGCAAAGAAGAUUAUUAUUAUUAUAGAAAAAAAAAAUGGUGCCUUGAUCUUGGAGACUUUCCUGAAGAACAUGCAUUGUCCAAGGUUAACCACUUUUCACUACCCAUCUUCAGGUAACUUUUUUCUAGGUUUUACAGGGAGAGUGGCCUGGUGCUUCAGUGAUGGGCUGUCUGUCAUGCUCAGCAGGCAAGUAGGUUAG